GUAUGCAUUGCGUCGGCAACAGGUUCACACUGUACCGUUAAAUGGUCCCCGAGUCUUUCUUAAUUUAACUACGAUAAAUAACGUAUCUUUCUUAAGCCGGCUGAUAUGGACCGACUGGUGGACAACUUAUGUGAAGAUGAAGCUGAGACAGAGUUACUUCUGGCUAAACCCACUUGCUUUAUUAUUGUUGGAAAGCCGGGGGUAGGUAAAUCCAGCCUGGCCAAAAGGUUAUCGGAGUCGUGGAAGUGUAUCUGGAUUGAUGAUACAGAAUUGAUUUACAAACAAUUCAAACGUCAAACAAAAGUGGGUGUGGAGCUCACGCAGAUCUUAGGUGAAGGACGAUGUAUUCCUGAAGCUCUGGUGCUCCAGCUCAUUAUAGAAAGGCUCCAGUCACCAGAUGUCCAACAUUAUGGGUAUGUAUUGAGCUGCCUUCCCUCCAUGUCAGAGGAGUGUCUGAAGAUACACGACCAGAUAGAGCUGAUCAGACACCUCAAGCUCAAACCGGACGUCAUCAUCAACAUAAAGUGUCCAGACGAGGACUUGAUCAAGAGGCUGUCUGGUGUGAGGCAGCACCCAGCAACCGGCCAGAUGUAUCCCAGACCAGAACAUUCAAACAAAGAGCCAGAGAGCAGAGCGCAGAGUUUGCUUGAGGAAGGGGAAGAGGGUGAAGAAGAGCAGGUCUGAAUCAUGAGAGAAACC